CACUCGCGUCCUCUGGGCUCGCAGGAGAGGCCCACCUUCCCAGCCCUUUCCCGCCCAUUACCGCUCCAGGUAUAAAAUAGCUACUACAAGAUAUUAAGAAGUGGAAGAAAAAAUGGCAACUGCUGGUUCUGUUAACCACCUCCCUUAUUUCUUUGGCAAUAUCACACGUGAGGAAGCUGAAGAUCACCUGUUGCAAGGCGGGCUUAGCAAUGGACUCUACUUACUGCGACAGAGCCGAAACUAUCUAGGUGGCUUUGCCUUAUCCCUGGUGCAUGAUAGUAAGGUUUAUCAUUACACCAUUGAGAGGGAAAUUAGUGGCACUUAUGCUAUUACAGGAGGAAAAUCCCACAGGAGUCCUGUAGAACUCAUUAACUAUCACUCAGAUGAAGUUGAUGGGCUUGUUUGCCUACUCAGGAAACCGUAUAAUCGGCCACCAGGUGUGGAGCCAAAAACAAGUCAAUUUGAGGACUUAAAGGAGAGUCUAAUCAAGGAAUAUGUCAAAAAAACUUGGAAUUUGCAUGGGCAUGCCCUUGAGCAAGCGAUUAUUAGUCAGAAACCACAGCUAGAGAAAUUGAUUGCAACAACAGCACAUUUGAAGAUGCCUUGGUUCCAUGGAAUGAUAUCUCGGGAGGAAUCAGAGCAUCGUGUCCUUCAUGGAAGAAGGAUCAAUGGGAAAUUUUUAAUCAGGGAAAGAGACAACAACGGAUCCUAUGCUCUUUGUUUGCUCAAUGAAGGAAAGGUUGCACAUUAUCGCAUUGACAGAGACAAGAAGGGAAAACUUUCAAUCCCAGAUGGAAAGAAGUUUGACACACUUUGCCAGCUAGUGGAACAUUAUUCCUACAAAGCUGAUGGACUUCUAAGGAUAAUCACAGAACCGAUUCCAAAUCCAGAUGCUCACUUGGCAAAUGGUAGAUUUGAUUUUGGCAAUACCCCAGCACUUCCUAAACCUCGUGGCAGUAAGACUUGGUCAACAGGUGGAAUUAUCACAAGACUCAAAUCAUACACUUUCCCAAAGCCAGGAAGCAAAAAGAGUGAUGAUGUACUUUCCCUGUUUAACAGUUAUGUAUUUUCACGGCCAAGGCAAGAUAGUCAGAGGGAAGCUUUGCCCAUGGAUACAGAGGUCUACGAGAGUCCUUAUGCAGAUCCCGAAGAAGUAAAAGCUAAAAAUGUCACCCUUGAUAGAAAUUUGCUGACCCUGGAAGAACAUGAACUUGGUUCUGGUAAUUUUGGCACAGUAAAAAAAGGAACCUAUGAAAUGAGAAAGGGAAAGAAGACAGUAGCUGUGAAAAUUCUCAAGAAUGAAAACAAUGAUCCAGCCUUAAAAGAUGAACUGCUAAGAGAAGCAAAUGUAAUGCAACAACUAGAUAACCCAUAUAUUGUCCGAAUGAUUGGUAUAUGUGAAGCUGAAUCCUGGAUGUUGGUAAUGGAAAUGGCUGAACUUGGCCCCUUGAAUAAAUAUUUGAUACAACACAGAGAUGUCACAGAAAAGAACCUCAUAGAGCUGGUUCAUCAAGUUUCCAUGGGAAUGAAAUAUUUGGAAGAAAACAACUUUGUACACAGGGAUUUAGCAGCAAGAAAUGUUCUGCUGGUUACACAACAUUAUGCCAAAAUCAGUGACUUUGGACUGUCAAAAGCUCUUGGCUCUAAUGAUUAUUACAAGGCAGAACAUUAUGGGAAAUGGCCAGUCAAGUGGUAUGCUCCAGAAUGCAUGAACUUCUUCAAAUUUUCAAGCAAGAGUGAUGUUUGGAGUUUCGGUGUAUUAAUGUGGGAGGCUUUUUCUUAUGGACAAAAACCAUAUAAGGGUAUGAAAGGAGGGGAGGUUGCACAGAUGAUUGAAAGAGGAGAACGAAUGGAAAGUCCAUCAGGUUGUCCACCUGAGAUCUAUGAGUUAAUGAAAUUGUGUUGGACAUACAACGUUGAUGAUCGACCAGGAUUUUCUGCAGUUGAGUUCAGCCUGCGCAACUUCUACUAUGAAAUUGCACAAUAAGCAUAUGGUGGACUUAUAUUGGUGUUUAAAAAAGCAAAAACUGAAAAACAGGAAACAGCAAGAAAUUCCAUCUUUUUAAAACAACCUGCAACAGUUGAGAAAAAGUUUUGCUGUGGAUGUGUCUUGCUACUUUUCAGAGUAUGUCACACGUCAAGUAACAUUUUGAAAGGGGUGGGGGGUUCUAGUCACUGUUUUGGACCUUGUGUUUUCAAUCUGUUGUCUCUAGGCCAGCCUUCCCCAAACUCCCAAACUGGUUGGCUUAAGAGUCCUUUGGACUCCAGAUUUCCUACCCAGCAGAGCCGGUGGCUGAGACUUCUGGGUGUUGCUGUCCAAGAGUGCCUGGAAGGUGCAAGGUUGAGGAAGGCUGCCCUGGCCUGAUACGGAAUUUGUCAGGGUAACUCAGUGCUCCUGCAGGCUAUUCCCAGGACUGUUUCCUACUUCCGAAUAAGAUCAAGAGAUAUGCAGUGUUUAGCUUUGUUCUUGCUCUUAAUGCAAUAUUAAUACUGCCACCUACCUUGAGUCUCUCAAAGCAAGGUUUGAUUCUGCAGUGUGUUUCAUACAACAUACUACAUCUUCUUCCUUGAACUUUGUGACUUAGGCAGUAAUCCUAAACACAUUUUCUACAGAGUAACUCCCACUGACUGACACCUGAAUAUAUAUGGUAAAGAUUGCCAUGUAAAUCAGUUUCACAACAAGAAAGAAUAGAUGAACAAACACUGGUUCAAUCUUAGUAGUAUCAGUUGCUAUACCCAAAAGCCAAGGGUAGUCCCUGACCACUGUAUCAUUUAGAAGAACUGUAUGUUUCAGCCCCACCCUGUAGGCUGCUAAAAAUACUUGUAUGAGAAGAUAUCCCAACGUGGUAAUUUGAAAACCCAUUGCUGGAUACAUCUAUCCAAUUGCACACAUCAGCAGGUACCUGCUGCACAUCACAGGAGUAAUUGGCUCUGGCAGGGAAAGCCUGGGUGUACUUGAGUUGAUGAAUAAAUAUUGUACCUACCACACAAAAAUGCUUUUCAGUUCUUUCCCCUCCCCAUACAUUGUCUGUACGAUUUAAAUUGGCCCUCACAACCUGAGCUAGUUCAUCUCUGUUAUGCCUGCUGGCAGAUAAAACUCCUUUGGAUUUCCAUUCAUUGCCACUGGAUUUAGGAUGCUUCCAGAUGAUGUUUUUGUUGUACAAUCAGCCUGCAUCAUUUCAUGAACUGUUACAGAGGCGUGGAUUCCCAGCAUCCUUGUCCUCCAUUUGUAGCCCUUGUGUGCUUUACAAUGAAUUCUUAUAUAUUUUUCUAUCUGUUUUCUUACUGCAAAAAGUCUGUUAAGCAACAAAUAUGAGGAAUUGCAUUAUGUCUAGGGAUGUAUAAAUUCAUCCCAUGUUCAAGCACCUUUUGUUCCAUAGUCAGAUCACUGGUGGAAUCAGAUUUAGUGCAAAUGCAUUUGUACACAUUUGUGAAAAUCCAACUUCUGAAAAUGUGCAGUUCUGCUCAAAAUGCUCAAGAAUGUGCAUUUGCGUACUUUGGUCUAUGGGGAUGUUAGAUUUUUGGUUGAUGUGAGUGUUUUUAAUUUAACUUUUUCUUUGACUAAAUUUGCAUAAAAUUACAGAAAGUGGGGAAAAAACAGACAAGAAGUCUUCAGAUUCUGUGUGAUUAGGAAAAGCUGGUCCACUACAGAAUCUGUGAGCUGGCGUCAUAGAAAUCUACACUUAACUGCAUCCAGUGUGGAUUUUCCUGACAUCCCUAAUAAGCCAUUUGAUCGGUAUCACUGCAUUCUCUCUGCCUGGAAGUACCUUUGGUAGGUUGAUCUAGGAUUGUAGCCUUCUGGACUGUCUGAGUGUCUGCAUGACCUGCCUAUAAGCAUUGCUGGAUCCAUUUUGCAGCCCUCUGUAAUUUUCUGAUAGACUUUGUACUUGGGAUGACAAAACUCUACGAGUUUUAAAAGAAUACCAAUUGUAUCCAGUUAGCCCAACCAUAAUUGCAGCCCUAUGUCCUGACCUGAAGUAUUAAGAAUAUGAGGAGAUUAAAUUAUAUUACAGCCAUAUGGGAGUUUUUUAGGUAAUAAACCAUACAUCAUUCUGAGGUGUACUUAAUAUUCUGUAUAUUUCCUUAUGAAUGUACAUGAUUAUUAAUGUGUAUUCUAUAAUAUUUGAACUGAAUAGCAUUUGGAAGAUUGAAUAAGCAGUGCUAAAUUAUACUGGUUUUCUAUUUUUAUAUGUUUUUCAGCAAUCAUAAUAGAUGGAUGCGAGUGUUUUAUUUGUAUCCAUGAAAAAAUGAAAUGCUGUUUCUCUAUGGGAAACUGAAACCAUCACUGUAUAAUUAAGGAGAUUAGUGUGAAAAACAUAGUUUCUCAGUGGGAAGAAGUUAAAUAUUCAGACAUUUGUUAUGCACACAUAGAUGAUAUAUAAAUAUAGUACAUCAGAUUUGUAUAAAAGCUUCCCAUCUCAUUCCGUAUGAUAACAGCUAAAAUUCAUGUUUUCUGCUUCUGAAAGUUUGAUGCAAGUAGCUAAGAUGAAGGAAAGAGAGGUGUCUAUUUCUUGCUUACCUUAGCAUUUUUAAAGGGAUUGUACCUGAAAGAUAUUUCUGUUAAAUCAUGUUUGCAAUAAAAUCCUAGAAUUCAGUUCAGGAUAGUUUUCAAAACUAAGCUAUACUGUGUAUUACAGAUGGGACAAAUAAUGAUAAGUGUGAAGCUGCAUUUCUCGUUACACAAAAUUUAUAUUGCUAUGAAAAGACAGGUUGAUUUGAUGUAGAGUCUAAUCUCCAGAUGUCUCCUACUUUUACAGUGGUUCAGCAAGGUGUCAAGACACCACAUUUCCUUUUCGCCUCAUUAAUAGAAAAGGAAUUGAAUGGGAGGACCCUCUUCCCAAACAGAUAGGUAUACAAACAUAGGUUCACAUAUGGUCAUCACCAGCUGCAUCUUACUGGAAUACUUGCCAAACAGUCUUUAAAUAUAAAUGCAUACAUGAGCACAAGAUAAAAGGAGAGGAGCUCCAGUUAUCUGCAUCCUGAGCUUCCUAACAGAUGUGCUUCUUUUACCACCACCACCACCAGAUGCCACAAAUAUGGAGGAUUGCUUUGCAACAGCAAUAAAUGGGAAAAUCAGUAUAUUUUUAGAUGCAAGCAAUGCUAUAGAAGGCAAGAACUUCCAGCACUGUACUUUAUGAAUAUACCAUAUUAAUUAUUGCAUUUUUAAAAUGAAGUUCUGUUCUACCAUCCACUGAUGUGGACUGAAAAUGUUUCCAUUGUAUACACCCAUUGUCUACACUCUGGUUUUUAAAAACAAACAUCUAUUUGCUAUUUUUUCUA